ACUUUGGAUAAACGACCACUGACCACUGUCUUUGACCGCUGCGCGUAUACAUCAACUGGAGAAAUCUUGAACUUAAUGGUUCCUACAUUGAAUAGCUCCGAAAUAAUGCACCCGAAAAGUGUAUUGUAACUAUCAACAAUGGUCAGUCACGCGGCCUACUUUCGAUUUUUCAUCCUGCACGCCUGCCUCCGAUGAGAAAGCACGCAUUCAUUCAGGCGUGGUCACUCACAACCUGUUGGAUUCUUAUUCUAGAGUGAUUCCCCUUCCUGUGGACUCUGGUCACUGGUCACGGGGAAAACGACAGAAUGAGAACAGCAGUGGAGGAGUCAGUGGAUGAACAGAUCAAGCAGGAGCUAGGCACCUCAAUCCUACGCCAGACUGGCUACACAAGAAAAGGGGCCAUUUGUGAAGGGCGCGGCUUUGAAACAGAUCGGGGUCGUGUUUUCAUUAAGUUCACAAAAAGCCCUCAGGCUUUUGACAUGUUCCAAGGAGAGUUUGAAAGUCUUCUCACUUUAAAGGACACCGGAGUUGUGAAAGUUCCUUCGCCAAUAAAGGUGAUAGCGGCGUCUGGAGGUCCUGCUGCUUUAGUCAUGGAGUUUACCGAGUUCAAACAUCUCUCCAAAUGGACUGAGACCUUGGGAGAACAAAUGGCUCGACUUCAUCUUCAUAAUUCUGAAUCACGCACCCGCGCGGAGAAAGCGGAACGCUCAAUACACAAGGACCCCACCUUGUCUUUCAUUGAGAAAUUUGGCUUCCCGACGUCCAACUAUUUUGGGUUUUUCCCUCAAGACAACGAGUGGUCGGACUCAUGGCUGGCAUUUUUUGCAAGAAAAAUUGAGCAGCACAUCAAAUUAGUAACAGAAAAGUUAUUUUCGACCCUGCAUGUUUUUACGGACACUCGGAGUAUGACGUUGCUCUGGCCAAGAUGUUCAACGAGUAUGACGCCAAGUUCUCCACCGCCUACCAUAGUGUCCUUCCAAAGCAGCCAGGCUUUGAAGACAGGGAGGAGCUGUAUGUCAUGUUCCACUACCUGAACCAUUGGAAUCACUUUGGGGAGAAGUAUAAAGAACUGACGCUGGGAAAGCUACGGGCUUUGGUGAUCAAAUAUUCUUCUUGAUGAAUAUACGGAACAAAUCUUUUUUUUUCUGUUUACAUUGCACAUUGGUUAUUGAAUGUUCUGCUUUGAGAAAUGAAAUAUAUUCUAGAGAAACUCAAUACGUUGAUUGUUUCUGAACACCUCCAAUGUCUCUAAGCAUAUUGCAAUAAAUUAAGCCACUAAACGUGUGGAUCUAUAAAAUGUGAAUAAAACCUGCAAGCUUUUCGGUUUUCAAA